CUCAUCUCACUAUUGUUAAAAUAAUGUAUUUAAAUGUUCUUUUUCAUCGACGAAAUAAUAUAAUAUAGUAAUUUUCAACUUUCACAGUUUCACGAUACUCGGUAAUAAAAUUGAUCAUCUUUCAAGCAUUUGAUUGAUUGACCGUUUUUAUUUCAUCGAUUCAGUCUGUGAACCUUCGGUAGUAUACUUCUGUUUAUGAAAAUUUCGACUUUAAGAACGUUCAAUGUAUUUAAAGUCAAGCGACUGGACUGUACGUGAUCAUCGACGAAGAAAAUUCAUCAUGAAAAAACUAUUGUCGAAAAAAAUGUGUUUGUAUAUUGUACUGGCAAUCCUCGUGGUUUGUUUGUUUAAUAUCUUGACGUCCAAGAACAGUGAUACAGAAAACAAUUCCAUGCACUAUGAUGAAAUGUUCAAGACAUAUUACAACUAUUCUAAAGAUAGUGGUUUGAAUGGUCCAAAGGUAUCCAUGGAUGACUCAAAUCUUGUAAAAAAAUUGAGAGACCAUUUCCUUAUCAAACCUAUUGAAGAAAAUAAAGGCUAUAGAAAUCGUUAUAAUUUAAUUGAUAUGUCGUUAGAAGAUCCUUCAAUGGGACAAGCUGCUGAAAUAGCCAAGAUCAUUGAUUAUACAAAAGGAGGAUUUUUUAUUGAAUGUGGAGCUUUGGAUGGUGAAACAAGAUCUAAUACUUUAUACUUUGAACGUUAUUUUGGAUGGAUGGGACUACUCAUAGAAGCAGAUCCUUUAAAUUUUGUAAAAAUGUUAAAAAAAGGACGUAGAGCAUAUUUAUCACCUACUUGUCUUAGUAUUAAUCCUUAUCCUGAAAUUGUUUCUUUUCUUCAACGUAGUAAUAUGGGACGAAUAGCAUAUGAUGAGGUUGUAGAAGACUUAGUAGGAAUAAAUGAUAUUGGGAAAAAGGAUUUACCAUUGGUGAAUGUGCAAUGUUUUCCAUUCUAUACAUAUCUUUUAGCAUUAAAUAUAUCAGUAAUAGAUUAUUUCAGCUUAGAUGUUGAAGGUUCAGAAUUAAAUGUAUUAAAAACUAUUCCGUUUGAUAAGAUCGAUAUAAGAACUUUAUCAGUAGAAUUUUUCCAUGUAAAAGAAGGUGAUGAUAGUGUAAGAACAUUCUUAGAAAAUAAAGGGUAUAUAGUUACUGGAAAAGUAACUAGGCAAGAUCGAUUAGCAAAUGAUUAUAUAUUUGCAAAACCAUCUGUACUAACACAAAAUCGUUCUUUUUAUGUAACCUAAUAAGAAGAUCUACAAUUUAUGAUUGAGCUAUGGACUGAAGUGCCUAAUGAUAUUUUUGGUUUUGAAAGUUAAGUAUUUUAUGUUUAUUCGGGAUUUGUUAUUUGUUAUAUUUUCAGAUUGUAUUAGUUAUAAUUUUACUUAUGUUUUAACACAAGUCAUCUAUUUUGAUAUAUAGUUGUUAUGGCAUUUAAAAAUUCUAUUUA